CAGUCGAAGUUGAACUGCGAAGUGCUGUUCGAUGACCUGGCGUUCGAAGUGAGAUGGGCAGUCGCCGGAGAGAGCAUUGUUUUGCAACUCGUUGCAAAAUUGGACAACAAAGAAUACAUGUCAUUUGGACUUUCCGGGGAUGAUUCAAGAACUGUCAUGAUAGGAGGUGACGUUGUUGUAGCCUGGGUAGACAAGCAGACCCUCAAAGGAUAUGCAGAGGAUUACUAUUUGGAUGAUAAAAGCCAAUGUUCUGGACCCGCUGGCUCUUGUCCAGACAAUAAACUAUCAGAAAACUCCAAUAAUAUCAGACUCCUCAACGCAGCUAUGGUAAACGGAUAUUCCAUUGUAACAUAUCAACGACCUCUGAAAGCAUCAGACCAAUUCGAUCGUUCUAUUCUCACCAACAAUUCUCAAGCUAUCAUUUGGGCCAUUGGUCCACUUAACCAGAGAAAUGAAGUAUCGUUCCACAGCAGAUAUCUUAAAAAGAAUCAUUUCAUCGAUUUUGCACGCCCAGCUAAAUGGAAUUGUCCAAUGCCCGAGAUCGAGCAACCUUCCAUGACAGCUGUAUAUGCAGCAACCAAUGUGAGAACAACUCCAGCACUGACAUCCUCUGAAGAAGAGUAUUACGAUGAACCCACUACCAGUGCUCCAAAAAGAACUAAUGUUAGAAGACGUGGACCUAGCAGAGGUACACCAAGACCAACAUCACAAGAAAGUUCAGAAGAUUCCGCACCCCUUCCUUCUAGAACCAAAGAACAGGCACAGCCUUCUAGAAGAAGAGGUACCCAGUCUUCCAGGACACCUGAAGUUAACCAAAGACGUAACCAAACCAGUAAAAGGUCUGACGCUUGGGUCAUACCACCAAUCGAGUGUAACGAACCUGAAGAUGGGGUUUUCUAUGCCCAAUUGGGCCCCACCGGUGGGAAAAGGGGAUAUCCAGCGAUAACUGGUCACGUGGGUUGGGGUAUCUCAUGGUACAUCAACGGUCUGCUCAUUCCUGAAAUACACGUGGUAAGAGGCAAAAAAUACAACUUUGUAGUGGAAGGAGGCGAUGAACCGGAUAUUUCAGCAAAAUAUCAUCCCUUCUACAUUACGGACGACCCUGUUGGAGGUUUUGCUUACAAAACUGCAGAAGAACGAAAGAAUAUCAAAAUAUAUGCUGGGGUUCGCAAAGACAAGGAAGGCAAUAUAAUUCCUACAGGCACUGGCAGACUGUGCACCUGGACUCAAACAGGAGAUCUGGAUGCCGACGAUUAUGCUUCCUUCGGGGCCUAUCAACGUGUUCUGGAACUCAAAUGUGAUCAAAAUGAACCUGGAAUUGUUGAGUGGACACCAGACAGAAAUACUCCUGACACUGUCUACUACCAGUGCUUCACCCACCGUUUCUUGGGAUGGAAAAUCCACGUGCACGACUCAUGCGACCGCCUCCCAGCAGCUAGUGAACUCCAUCCAGCCAUUGUCCCAGCACCCAAAAACAUCCUUAACAAAUCCGACGUGGACCUCGAAGAGUCUCCCUCAGUGAGCGUCGAAACAAGGGUAAAACAAAAUAAUAUACUUAAAGAAGACAAUGAAGAUAAAGAUACUAAAUCAAUAAUUUCAGAGAAAGUAGAAGACCAGCCAAAUGAGCAGUUACCAAAUUUAAACCUGUCACAAUCCACACAAAGUUUCAUACCUAUUCACCAUGUGAGAAACGGACCUGCACUCUACUCCUUCAACCUGCGGCAGACACAACCAAACUUGCACUAUUUUAGACCCAGCACUCUUUUGAACACUGGAUACGAGACUACAAAAAUUAGGCCCGAUAUUCAAUACUCUUUCACCAGCACUACCUCUACUUCAACUACUACUACCACCACUUCUACUACUGAAAAACCUAUCACAAUUACAAAACUUAAUGAUAAUAUAGCUGUUGCUAGUGAUAAUUUUAAUCAAACUUAUUUAAUGCCUCCUCCUGUUCAGUAUCAAAAUAUUAUUUAUAGAAGGCCUAUUAACUAUGUACCUGUUCCAGGAAAAGUUAUUCAUCAAAAUCCUGUAGGACUUAGAUACUAUGGCUUGCCAGCAAAAUCAUACAAGAAGUCAUUAAUUAGAAUCCCAAACCAUAGACCAUACAAGCAAAAAAUGUACCCUAACGCAUCUCCGUAUGUACUUAUCCAAUCUACUCCUCUUAUAACUAAAUCUCCCAUAGAAAGUCAAAUUAAUACAUAUACCGAAAAGCCUAGGAUAGAACAAGUAAAAAAUAUAGAGAUAUCCCCUCAACAAGCGUCAACAGAAAAAGAACCUGAAAUACAAACCGCUCCUAGCACUUCUUUUGCAGAUAUAACUCCAAAUUUUCGUUGGCCAGCUUUCAACACGGGCUUCAAGCCUGGUUCAAUCAAAAUUGAGAGCGGAUUCAAACCAAUAAUAACGAAAGAAUUCGAAGAACGGGUGGAUAAUGAACCUGUAGUUGAAUAUGAAAGUGAAAAAGGAGUAAUACAAGUUAACGGCACCGACAAUUUUGAAACUAAGCCCAUUCAAGUAUUUGAGCCUAUGUUUAUACCGUCUCCCACUUUUAAACCUUCGAAACAAAAACCAAUUAAAGUUACCAAACGGGUUGUUCCAAAGAAGAAGGGUUAUGAAUACAUGAAAAUAAUUGUAAAAAGACCACGUGCUGUAAUACAGGACGAAGAAGACCCUGACGAACCUAUUGCCGAGGCUAAUGAAAGAUCUGAAAGUUACUACCUACCUCCUACAAAUGCUAAACCUGUUGAAGUGGUCAGACAACCAUCAGAUAUUGAUUUAGAUCUACCAGAAUCCAACCCAAUGCUUGGAACACCUCCAGAUAUUGUUAUAACAUAUGACGGUAAAAAAUUGUCCGGGCAAAGUUUGACAGCCAAGUUAAAUGAUAGGCCUUCUGUUAUUACUCAAAGACUAUCUAAAGCGUCGGCUUAUAUCACGGCUAGACCACAAUUUGGUCGGUUCAGGGGAGAAUUGCCUCCUUUAAACAUUGAUUUUAUCAAUAAAAAUGGUCCCCAACUUCAAAGUUCUGCUGGCGUUUUAAAUAGGGAAUUAGAUACGCCGUCUUUACCGUCUGAGAGCGAUCAAAGAAUUUCAUCCACAAGACUAAGUAGAAUUAAAAGCUACGGCGACGAAAGUAAUUAAUUUUUGGAAAAAAAAAUUUAAAAAAUAUAUCUAAUUACCUAUCUAACACGUAUUUAGAUCAAGAGAAUGAUGUACACAACAAACAUCUUGAUCGAUAACCAACGAAAAUUAAUAAACAUGUUUACAGACGAACAAUCUCUUGUUUUUCAGACAUAUUUUAUUUUUUGCAAUGUUUUAGUUAUUCGUUAUAAGAUCUUAUAGGUUCCAUCGUCAUCUUAGAAUAUAGUAUCUAAAUUGUAGUUUUGUUUAUCUAAAUAGUGAAAGUAUCGUUUUAGGUAUCUUUUUCCGACUAUAUUAGUAACUAAAAUAUAAGCAAAUGGCUA